AACCGAAACUCGGCAACACAACAUGCCGAGCACAUACGUUAACACUGCUGUCACUGAGAUAAUCCGUCAAAAUAACCGAGAUUUCAGCUUUACUACUUGGAUUAGCCGAGGCUCGGUAUUCUAUCUGUCAUUCGCCAUUCUGUUAAUCUCGUGCUUAUGAAACGAACACCUUUCGGAGUGAUGUUGUGAUGUAAAAUAAAAAAAAUAAAAAAAAAGUGAAAAUGAGUCUCUCAGCGUGAAAAAACGAGAAUCAGUAGCGUGCGAUCGAGCACAGGUAUGGAGCGGGAUUGGGGCUAGGAAACUCCAUCAGCGCACGCAACCGGUGUUCUUCAGAGCGUCGCUCGGAGCAGUCCCUAUUCAAGGAUCAGAUGUGGAAGCUAAUCCGGUUGGUUCAACCUUUGCCAGACCGUUCAAACUUCCAGGAUUCAUUUCCGGUCACCUACACGAGAACCGUGCCUGUACCAGUGCCCGCUCCUUGUCCGGCUCAUUUUCCUGUACCGGUACCACAUCCAAACGCUGUACCCCAUCCGGCGGUUGAAUCGGCGCCUGUCCCAACACUUUCCAUCACAUCAAAAAACCCCAUUUGAUACGCAAAUAAAAUCACUAAAAUAAAAAUAAAAUGUUUUUAUAUUUAGCCGAAAUCUCGAUUUGCUCUAACCGAAAUUCUCGGUUAAACGUAAACGUCAAAACAAAAUGAAAUUAACCGAGAUGUCGGCAACAGAAAUUUAACCGAGAUCUUUGCCGAGAUCUCAGUUGUGCAGAUCUCGGCAAAAAUUAACCGAGAUUCGGCAAAAAUUUUUAAGAGUGUGUGAU